AUGGCUCCAGAUGGCCCCUCCAGCGCAUGGAGCCCUUCUAGCUGGAGGAGCAAACCCAUCGUGCAAUCCGUGACCUACAGCGACCAAGGCGCGUUCAAGCAAGCGACCGACAAACUCAACACGCUCCCGCCGCUGGUGACGGCGCGAGAAAUCGUCAAACUCAAGAAGGAACUGCGCGAAGUCGCUCUGGGCAAUGCCUUUCUGCUUCAAGGUGGUGACUGCGCCGAACUGUUCGACUACUGCAAUCAAGACAUGAUCGAGGCCAAAGUCAAGCUGCUGUUGCAGAUGUCACUGGUACUGAUCUACGGCGCGAAGAAGAAGGUGGUCCGCGUGGCGCGCAUGGCGGGCCAAUACGCCAAACCGCGCUCCUCGCCCAUGGAGACGAUCAACGGCGUGACCAUGGCCAGCUUCCGGGGCGACAUUUUGAACAGCUACGAGCCCGAGCCCGCGGCGCGAGAGCCCGACCCCAAGAGGCUGGUGGACGCGUAUUUCCAUUCGGCCGCGACGCAGAACUACCUCCGGGCCGCCUUGUCUUCGGGACUGGCCGACCUGCACACGCCCUUGGAUUGGAGUCUGGGCCACGUCCGCGAUCCGACGGUGCGGGAUCAGUACCAAGUGAUUGUCGAGCGCAUCACCGACACGUUGGAUAUGAUGCGCACGAUUGGCCUCGACACCGGUGGCGGCCUGGAGACGGUCGACCUGUUCACGUCGCACGAGGGACUGCUGCUCGACUACGAACAGUCGCUGACCCGACUGUUCAGACACCCUUCCAACACCCCUGCCCCGACUCUAGCAUCACACGCACACUCGCACGCACACGCACACGCACACGGCCAGACCAAGGCCCGCAAAACGUCGCUUCCUACACAGCUGCCGCCGCCUCCUCCUCCGACGCACGGCUACUACGACACGUCGGCGCACUUUAUCUGGAUCGGCGACCGCACACGACAACUGACGCACUCGCACGUCGACUUCUUCCGAGGCAUCGAGAACCCGAUCGGCGUCAAGGUCGGGCCGAGCAUGCCUGCGUCGGAUCUAGUGCCGCUGCUGAACAUUCUCAACCCGGGCCUGGAAAUCGGCAAGAUCGUGCUGAUUACGCGCUACGGCCACGACAAGAUCGGCACUCAUUUGCCCGCCCACAUCCGAGCCGUUCAGGCCUCGCCGCACCGCGACACCGUGGUCUGGCAGUGCGAUCCGAUGCACGGCAACGGCCGCAAUGCCACCGUCACACUGCCGAGUGGGGGUGGGGAGGGGGAUGGGGGUGGGAACGUGGACGGGGACGGGGACGGGGACAGCACGUCCAAGAGCCCAAAAACUACUACUACCAUCAAAACCCGUCGCUUCAGCGACAUCCUGUCGGAACUGCGCCAGGCUCUACAAAUCCAUCGCUCCAUGAACAGCUACUUGGGCGGCGUGCAUCUCGAACUCACCGGCGAGGCCGUGACCGAGUGUGUGGGCGGUGCUGAGGGGUUGACCGAGGAAGAUCUCAGCCUGAAUUACACCACGUUUUGCGACCCGCGCCUGAAUGAGAAGCAGGCCCUGGAGCUGGCUUUUUUGGUUGCCGGCUUCUACAGAGAAGACCGGCCUAAAAAGUGA